CAGAUACGCCACCUGAGUACCUGAAGGAAAGACGCUUGGAGAAACCAGCACUUGGUAAAAGCUGAAUGAAAGGAGGAAGCAUUCACUGGACAGUUUGGAUUUGGGGACCCAAACUUGAGCGUGGACCACAGAAAUCUGAGGCUGAGGCCUGAAUCACCUCCUGUCCUUCUGUUUUUGUAACCACAGCUUUUUGAGCUGGUCAGUGUGGUAAUAUGUGCCCUCCGCAAGGACUGUUCUGUUUUUGGAUCCAGUCAUGGGUGUGAGAGGCAGCCACAUUGGUCCCUGGCCUGGUCCGGGAUGCCAGAUGCAGCAGUGAAAUCCAUUCAGGAGGAAAUGGUCACAGAAGGAGGGGGAGUUGAAGAGUGCGCCGUGUCCCAGUGGGGAGCCUCAGGGCUUGGAGAGGAGCGGCUGCCUCUGCCCUCUCUGAAAGUCCCCAGGGAGCUGCUUAGGAGCUUCCCUCACUCCAAACGGGUGGGGUCCUACCUGAUCGGGAAGAUGAUCAACAAAGGCUCAUUUGCCAAAGUGAUGGAGGGACUGCAUAUUGGCACAGGGGAAAAGGUGGCCAUUAAGGUGAUAGACAAGAAGAAAGCACGCCAAGACUCAUAUGUGCUGAAAAACAUGAAAAGGGAACCUCGAAUUCAUCAAAUGGUCCGACAUCCUCAUAUUGUAAUUCUUCUGGAGACCCUGGAGACAGAGAACAGUUACUACAUGGCCAUGGAGCUAUGUGCAGGAGGAGACCUGAUGGACAGGAUCUGUGACAGGAAGAGGCUGGAGGAGAAGGAGGUGCGGCGCUACACCCGACAGAUUCUGUCCGCAGUGGAGCACCUGCACAAACACGGCAUCGUGCACAGAGAUUUAAAGAUUGAAAACUUCCUCCUGGAUGAGCAUAACAACAUAAAAAUCGUAGACUUUGGCCUGAGCAACACUCUGAAGCCAGAGUCUUUUUCUCUGGAGCUCCUCAGCACACAGUGCGGAAGUCCUGCUUAUGCCGCCCCUGAGCUGCUGGCUCACAAGAAAUAUGACUCCAAAGUGGACGUCUGGUCCAUAGGUGUGAGCAUGUUUGCCAUGUUGAUGGGGACCCUACCCUUCACUGUUGAACCCUUUAAUAUCAAACAGUUGCACCAGAAGAUGGUCAAUAGGGACAUUAGCAACAUCCCUGGUGACAUCAGCAAAGAUGCCGUGUCAUUCAUGAUGCUUCUCCUGGAGCCAGACCCAGAUAAGAGACCCAGUGUCAGAGAUGCGAUGGGAGAGAGAUGGAUCAGCGAGGGAUAUGCCAAGAAACCGUUGCACACACUCUCACCUAAAAACAGAUUGUGUCCAGAGGAUCUUAACUCAUCUGUGUUGGCUUACAUGACGGAGACCCUGGGCUAUUCCGUCUCUGAGGUCAUAGACGCAGUCACCACCAACAGACCCUCAGCCCUCAUGGCCUCCUAUCACCUGCUGCUCAACAAGUUCAACUGGAGCCACAAAGGAACCAAGGCUGGCAAGAAGCUGGAGAACAAUGACUGGACUCCUUCAAGCAAGACAACAUGGAAAAACAAAAGCAACACUAAAUCAAAGACUCAGUCACAGAGUGCACCAAAAAAUGAGAAAAGCUUGAAGCAGUUCAACAAGUUCCUAAAGGUUCAGCAGACAAGCAGAAGUCAGAACAGAAGGACCACAGAUUUGCACAGAAAAGGUCACCACGAGGAUGAUGAGAACUGUCCACCCUCUCCUGCUCUUCCCCGCCUUCCUCAUUCUGCUUCCCCCCCUUUACCCUCAUGCCAUCCCUCCCCAUUCCUCUACCCCGACCCGCUGUCUGCAGAGGAUGGGACAUCUGAUGAGGAGGUAACCAUUUCGGUGAACACCAGGGAGACACUAUUUCCUGAAGUGUCAGUGUUUGGAGAAAGGGAACUUGUCCAUCUUUCCCCUCCGAAAGGCUCAACAUCACAGCUCUGCGACUCCGCUCCUUGCCAUGUUCCCAUACCAGCCGAGCCAAUCAGAAACAGCAUCGCGUCCAGACCAAUCCGACACACACACCUGCUCAGGACAACUCAGUCGGACGGAGCAGCAGACCCUGGGUCAGACUGCUUCCAGGAGAAGUACCACCAGGAAAACUCUCAUCACCUCAGCAUCAAUGAGCGACUGGAAAAGCUGCAGAUGUUUUACGCCUCUGAGAAAAACGCCAUCUCUCCCAGAAUGCUGCUGGAGGCUGGUCCCAUACUUUCCCCAGACAGAGGGCAGCUGGGUUCCUCCCAAACAACACAGAUGUCCCCCUCUCAUUGUCUGCCUCGCCUGCACAACGUUGGGUUAAAAGAUGGCAGAGGAAGGAAGGUGACAUGGGCGGGUCUUAGUCGACCUGGACCUCCUAGACUUUUGGUGAAUGGGUCAAAACUGCCAGUUUUCCCUUUGCAGAGACAACAUCCUUUAAUCAUGAAAAGCCUCGGGCAAGAGAGGGCAAGGCGAAAAGAGCUCACUGUAGCAGGAAGCGUGCAAGCAGGAGAAGGGGUUGAUGGAGACAAGAGGAACUCUGUUCAGUUACUUUCAUCUCCCCAGCAGCGGGUGGCAGACCUGAAUCUGCCACUGCUUCCUGUGACGCUGCAGGGAAAAACUGACAGGAAGAACCAGUUACACACAAUGGACUACUGACACACGCUCCAGUUAAAGUAGCAGCUUCAGAAAAGGGUGCAUGAAAAGUUAAAGGAAUGCUGGAGGAAAUCAGAGGAGCAUUAAAAUAAUAGUUAACUUUUUAGAAAUAUGAGUAGCCAAAAACAAUUUCAGUGAACUACCAUAAAUGGCAGCUACAGAACUGUACAGCCCUAAAGCUAUGUUCUUGUUAUAAUGUUCUAUCCAUGCCACACUCAAAGGAACCCAUCUUGGACAUGCAUCAUUCAGUUUGUUUAUCUUUAGCUGCAGUGCCAAAAAUACUUCAGCUCAUACUUCAGCUGCUGAAUUUAGUCUUUAAGAGACAGGGUUUGGUUUAACUCAUGGAAAACAUCAUGAACGUUACCAUAACCUCUUCCCUUCAGAUUGCAGUUCAAAGUUUGUGCUGACCUUUAGUUCCUUUACACAACCUCAGAAGUCAAUAAGGUAAAUGAUAAGAGAAAAAUAAAGAAUGUAAUGUCAUCUGAAACAUCUGCUGUCAGAAUGGCUAGGAGAUCCGCUGCAUCAUCCAUCCAUUUUCUAAAGCUGUUGUUCAGAGAUGGGUGCCAAUCUUCAGUGGUCAAUAAUCAAGUUGAGUUGCCAGGUUGCCAGCCUGGUACAUAGCUAGCACAUAGAAACAAGACAACCAUUCACACACACUCAUAUCCACAAACAACUCAGAAUCUCCAAAUAACAUAAUGUGUUCUUUGGACAACAGGAGAAAACACACACAUGCAUGAGGAGAACAUUUGAGGCCAAUGAUUCACACACUAAUUAGAUAACAGAAGCAAGUUGGAAUUUGGAUGGAUCUUAUUCUCUACCUUGUCUGCUUGGUGUUCACGUACAGUAUCACCCCUGUUGCAUUAGAGGAGAUCUACUCAAAUAGGUUUCGGCAUCACAGUUUCUCGGAUAUCUUUAGGAACUAAACCUACUCAGAUUUUAGUAAGUUUUAUGAUUGCUUGCUUGCAUAUAAAAGUACUGGUGUGUGUUCCAUUUGAACUAUGAAUUUCAUAUUCCGGAGUUCUAACUCUAUUUACUGGGAUGGCUUCUAAUGCCAGAGUUCUAACUUGGAAAGUUGGAAGAUUCUCACUAAUCUGACCUCAAAAUCAAAUAUGACUCCCAAACUUUUGAAAAACAGUGAAAGUAUAAUAAUUAGCAGUUUAUUCACACUUCAUGGAUUGUUUUUAUCACAUUAAAUCAGUCCCACACA